CAUUUUGGUUAUUCUUAGAAUAUAACAAAAAACAAAAUGGCAGACCGAAAGAUGGCAUUAAUGAAGGGAGAAAUAAGGGAACCACUCUCUCCAAUAUCUGCAAACAAAGCAACAGCACGAACACCACAUAAAAGAACAGCUUCUAGGAAUGCAACUGCAAGAACCCCUGGCAACAAAACACCAAAUAUCAAGAAGAAUGGUGCUGGCACAGAAGGUUCUAUGUAUGAUAGAUUCAUACCCAAUCGUUCUCUAAUGAAUGUUCAACAAAGUCAUCACUUGCUUCUUAAACCUGAAAAGGAUGAAAAUGAAUCAAGCGGUGAAGAGGAAUAUUCUGAGCGCAUGAAACAAAAUCUUAAUGGCGACGCUGAUCAGCUUGGAUCCAGAAUUUUACAAAUGAAAAUAAAAGCUCCUCAAAACAAAGAAGGAGAAGUUGCGAUGAAGAUGUUAUACACCAAAAGUAGACCCACACCAUUAAAAUUUAAAUCCACUCGACAUAUUCCUUCAGUACCUGACAAAAUUUUGGAUGCUCCUGAAAUCGUUGAUGAUUAUUAUUUAAACUUGUUGCAUUGGGGUAACAACGGUUUAAUUGCUGUCCCUUUAUAUAAUGCAAUCUAUUUAUGGAAUUCGGAAAGUGGUGCUGUUGAUGAGUUGUUUGGAGAUAAUCCAAUAACUGAUGAUAAUUUAGUUAUCACAAGUGUCCGCUGGAUUGGAGAUGGUGCAAUUCUAGCUGUUGGACUCUCAAAUGGAGUUAUUGAAUUGUGGGAUGCAGAAUCAUGUAAGAGGGUUCGCGCAAUGACUGGUCAUGCAUCUAGAGUUGGUUGCUUGGAUUGGAACGAACAUCUUCUCACAAGUGGGGCAAGAUCAGGUGCCAUAUUUAAUCAUGACGUCAGAGUAGCGGAACAUCAUGUUUCAUCGUUUCUUCACCACUCACAAGAGGUCUGUGGUUUAGAAUGGGCACCUAAUGGCAAAUUACUAGCCAGUGGUGGCAACGAUAAUAUCUUGAACAUUUGGGAUAUAGCUUCCACAGAAACAUCUUCUGCACAGCGACCAUAUGAAGUCACAACACCGAUGCAUUCCUUAUGUGAACAUAUGGCUGCAGUUAAGGCCGUCGCUUGGUGUCCAUGGCAGCGGAACAUCCUCGCAUCUGGUGGAGGUACACUAGAUCGACAUGUACGAAUUUGGAACGCUGGGACUGGAGCGUGUCUUCAAAGCCAUGACACUAUGUCUCAGGUGUCUGGAAUUUUAUGGUCUGGCACAUAUAAGGAAAUUCUUUGCUCCCAUGGGAGUCAAAUGACUAUUUGGAAGUACCCUAGUAUGGUUCGAGAAACAGAAUUGACAGGACACACCGGUCGCAUAUUGAAUGUGACAAUGUCACCAAAUGGUCACCUCGUCGCGUCUGCAGGAGCUGAUGAAACUUUACGUCUAUGGAGAUGUUUUGAGCCUGAUCAAAAGAAGACACGACCCACCAAAAAAGCAGCUGAUCGACCUAACAUUAGCUCAAUGCAUAGCAUUAGAUAAUAAACUUUCCAACUUCGUUUCUUUGUGAUACAAACAGCAGAUUUACUGUCUUGAGUAUAAAUUUGAACAUCCGUGUACCGUAAAAAUUAACUCGUCCAGUUUGUGUGUUAUUCGUAUAUUAUACUUGUAAAUACAAUUAAUUUUUUAAAAAUAAUCGUUUUGCGAAA